CCGGGGAGACACAGUUGUUGCUGAAAUUUUCCGCCAAGAUGAGAGACUUGCUCGGAUCUAUAGUCCUCGCGACGUGUCUGGUCUCCUGCCUCGCGACCUGUACUCCGGGAUUAAAUGGCCGAGAAAAUUGGUACCAGUGCGAGGGAUUAAAUCAGUUGAACUUUCAGAUACCACCUGGAGCAAAGGGGAUCAGUAUCGUAAACUCGAACAUCAGCAAGAUAAAAACGGACGCGUUCGCGCAGUUCUCCGAUUCGCUGAUCGAGUUGAACAUAACCGGAUGUGGCGUGGAAGAAAUAGAGCCAGACGCAUUCAGGGGUCUGGACAACUUGCAAAUUCUCGGUUUGGUGAACAAUAAGAUCCGCAAGAUCGACGCAACGUGGAUCAGGGGAUUACCAAACCUGAGGGCGUUAAUCCUGUGGCGGAAUCGCGUCGUCGAUAUAGAUUCGAAAAUUUACGAUCUGCUGCACGAGCUGGUAGUUUGGGACAUCGCCCAUAACGAGCUGAGCGCGUGCUUGUCGCCAGAUAUGCUGAAGAAGCUGAAGAAACUUCGGAAAAUCUUGAUCGCUGGUAACCCGUGGUCUUAUCGAUGUCGUGCACCGAUGACCUGGUACCUAGGCAGUAAUCACAUCCGUUUCAUCAAGGACUGGAGCAUCAGUGAUUUACUGAUCGAGGAAUGCUUGGCUCACGAACCCGGGGCCGAUAGAGAGGACGCGAUCCUGAAUAAAUGCGUCGAUCGCAUGGUCGGCUCCUCCGAUACCUUGCCGUACAGCGUUGCUGGCUUGAACGAGCAGGUCCGAAAGCUGACGGGGAAGGUCUCCGCGCUGGAGCAAGAGGUGGCCGCGUUGAAGAAGGCGAAGGUGUAAUUGGGGAUGCUCUUUUCACAGGAGGGAUCAGAGAAGAGAAGUUGUCACGAGGUUUCGUUUACAUAUGAUGCAUACGUAUUAUUUGAUUUUUAGAACGUAUAUGAAGAAAUGA